GUCACGUUCAUCGGCCCUGAUGCACAGGACCGCAGACGUGGAAAAUAUGGCUGGUUCAUCAUCUUCGAACACAUACUCUGUUAUCCUCCCAACAUUCAACGAACGCAAAAACCUUCCGAUCAUUGUCUGGCUUCUUGCUCGCACCUUUGAAACUCAUUCUUUAUCUUGGGAAAUAAUAAUUGUCGACGACAACUCGCCCGAUGGGACGCAAGAGGUUGCCCUUCAACUGCAAAGAGUUUACGGGGAGGAUAAAUUAGUUUUGAAGCCUCGCUCUGGGAAACUUGGUUUAGGAACUGCAUACAUACAUGGGCUUGAUUUCUGCACCGGGAACUUUGUCAUUAUCAUGGAUGCUGAUUUCUCGCACCACCCAAAAUUCAUACCCCAGUUCAUCAGGCUUCAGAAAGCCUAUGAUCUUGACAUCGUGACUGGCACAAGGUAUCGCUCCAAACCGUCCCCAUCCCUGCCUUCCACCCCCUCAUCUGCACAGCCCACUGCUGGAGCUGUUUAUGGCUGGGACCUUAAGCGAAAGCUUGUCUCUCGCGGAGCGAACUUCCUUGCGGAUACUGUCCUCAAUCCUGGCGUAUCAGAUCUUACUGGUAGCUUCAGGCUUUACAGAAAGGAGGUCCUCAAACAUAUAAUCACUCAGACCCAAUCUCGUGGUUACGUUUUCCAGAUGGAGAUGAUGGUCAGAGCGCGGGCUUCAGGGUAUACUGUGGGAGAAAUCCCUAUUACCUUUGUUGACCGAAUAUAUGGCGAGAGUAAACUUGGUGCGGAUGAGGUUGUUUCUUAUGCCAAGGGUGUGUGGGCACUGUUUGUUGGAGUGUAAUGAGUUAAGCUUUCCUCGGAUGCUCUGCGAAUGACACUUGGUUUUUGUCCUCCGAUAAUAAUCUAGUCAUGGGU